AUCCCGAUCGAUGGCCGGCUGACUGCUGCUCUGUUGGAGUGUUGUUGAUGUCCUGUCGACAAAUUAGAUUAGAAAACGUUAUAAUAUGUCUAUACUGCACUCUAUUCUACAUCGGUUGAAUUCAUCUUGUUCACGACAAGCCACUGUUAAUAAACUCUCUUCAAGUGCAUUUGAUUUUACAACUAGCACUAGCACUAGCAGUAGGAAAAAUUUUGGCAGAAGAAUGAGUGAUCAUCUUGACAGAACAGCACAUAACUUCAGGCAACCGGGUAUCAGCAAUGCUACUGUAACUGAACUAAAAGAAGUUUCACCUUCAGUGAAAUUCUUGACAUUGAAAGUCGCCAAUCCUAAUUUCCAUUUCAAAGCAGGACAAUGGGUUGACUUUUUCAUUUCGGGCGUCCGAACAGUAGGCGGCUAUUCUAUGUGCACAUCUCCCAAACUGUUGCGGACAGAUUCCCAAUUGGGGCUAGUAAUCAAGUACAGUGAAUACGCCCCAGCAUUUUGGGUUCAUACAAAGUGCGAAGUGGGAGACGUAGUUGGCGUUCGUGUCGGUGGCGAUCAGAUAAACUAUGACCCCUCACCUGGAGAUCCUAGUUGGGAUGUUCUACUCUUAGCAGGAGGUAUUGGCAUCAACCCAAUGUACUCCAUCCUUCAGCAGGUCAGAGAUUUACAUCAAGAGAGGAUGAAUGACCCAACGGCUUAUAAACCAGGGAAAGUAGAGCUUCUUUAUAGUGCCUCUAGUAUGAAGGAACUUAUUUUCAAGGAGUCAAUUGAGGCCAUUGCUUCCGGGGCAGAGGACAUCAACUGCCACUUCUUUGUCACAAAAGAGAAGAUUACACCAUCUACCCACAUAUCAGAUAAACGCAUCGACUCCGAAGCAAUAGCAACUGCAAUACAGAGACUGGACAAGGAGAACCUUCGUUGCUUCAUCUGUGGGCCACCACCCAUGAUAGCAGACAUUGAGACACACUUAGAAGAAUGUGGCAUCAGAGAAGACCAAAUUCAUUGUGAAAAAUGGUGGUGAGGUACGCUCAGUUGGAGACUUUUGGAUGGGCCCAAUUUCAUAGAGGUGCGCACUUUGCCUUGGAUCGGGCAAGGUCUAAGA